AAUGAAGUUUGUUGUUAUGAUUUGAAUUUGUUUGAGCGUUGAUUAGUAGUUUUGUUUGUGAAUUAUUCGACUAUCAUAAAAACGUUUAAAACAUGACAAUAAUCGACAAUAACUGGGAUUUCCGUGUCGAUAUCCACGGCUCAGAAAAGGAAUCAUAUAGUCGAUUUCAGGAAAAAGUCAGUAACUCGACUGAGCAACUGGUAAAAAUUAUAAAUGUUGGUUUUCAAAGUAACCAACCGAAUAGAAAACCAAAUCAGAAAUUUAACUGUGAUGUGGAUUUGCAAUCACUUAUUGAAAAAAACAAACAAUUGAAAUCAGAUAUUGAUUCAAAAUUACAGGAGCUAACAAAAAAUCAAGAACAGUAUGAAGGUUACAAAAAAGAUCGAAAAUUACUCUCCCAGGAGAUCAAAGAAACACAUGAAGCAUUCCUUUCGGCCAAAAAGUAUUAUAAAAAGUUCUUAAAGAUCUACUACACCAUAGAAUCCACAGCAGACAAUAAACAGAGUGUAUUUGUUCAAUUCUUUACUGAAUCUAAGAAAGAGACUGAUAACUAUUCAGUCAGGCUUAUCAGGGACUCCAAGACGGGGCAUUACGAAUUAACAGACAUGACACCCAAGGUAAAAUCGUUUAGUGAAGUGCAGAAAAAGCUGUUGGAUACAAAUGAUUUACCAGGAGCCCUCUGCCACAUGCGACAACUCUUUUUGAAGAUGAAGCAAAGUAAAUGAAUCAUAAUUUAAUGUAAUUAGUUAACCUAUGUUUAAGUAUCAUAAACAACACCCUGUUUAAUAUCUCAGAACUGAAUAUUUUUUUUGUAUUUUUGUAUACAAUUUGCCAUGUCAUGCCAAAUGAAUAACUAUUUUGGAGGUAACUUACAAUAUCGGCCACAUACCUACCUAGAUUCUUCAUUAUCCUUUCAGUGAUUUUACUGUGCUAAUAUGGAUCUACAUGAACUUUCUCAGACACAAACUUUUAUGAUAAUUAUAGAGUAAAUAAAGUACACAAGUACAAUGUAGAAAUA